AUGUACGACCUGUACAGCCUGCCUGCACAGCCUGUGUUCUGCUCAUCGCGGGCUGGCCGGCCGCUGCCGACUGGCGGCGCGCACGCACUACCCCCCCCUCCGCGACCCUCGACAACCUCCCCCCCGCCCCUCCGACCCGCGGUCGUCCUACACCCCCCCCUCAGCGGGGUCACCCGGGCGCCCCUGGAGCACCCCCCCCUGGCCGCGUGCACCCCGCCAGCCACUGGCGGGAGGAUACGCGUAAAAACUGAAGGGGGAAGGUCGAAGGGUGCGUGCAGCGAGCUGCAGGAGCGAGCUCGUGCAGCGACCUGGAGACCUGUUUCAUCACACUACUUCAUCACAACCCUUCACUAG